AUGAGAGCUGCAGAGGGACAGGACGAGCCGGUGCACAACAAAAGCUGGAGAUCUGUGCUCUCCCCACAGCCAGACAUCUGCCUCAUUAAAGCCUGCUCUUCACUGCACGCUGCCCAUUGUCCCGACCCCUUCUGUUUGUGCAGACUGCGCCCAAAUGCAGCACACAAAGCUCCAGACAUUUCACAGACCGAGGUCACAAAGUGCUUCACAGACAGCUGUGGUCAGUGCAGGUUCUACAGACAGCUGUGGUCAGUACAGGUUCUACAGACAGCUGUGGUCAGUGCAGGUUCUACAGACAGCUGUGGUCAGUAUAGGUUCUACAGACAGCUGUGGUCAGUGCAGGUUCUACAGACAGCUGUGGUCAGUACAGGUUCUACAGACAGCUGUGGUCAGUGCAGGUUCUACAGACAGCUGUGGUCAGUGCAGGUUCUACAGACAGCUGUGGUCAGUGCAGGUUCUACAGACAGCUGUGGUCAGUACAGGUUCUACAGACAGCUGUGGUCAGUACAGGUUCUACAGACAGCUGUGGUCAGUGCAGGUUCUACAGACAGCUGUGGUCAGUACAGGUUCUACAGACAGCUGUGUACGAGCUGA